UAUAAUCAUCCUUUUGAAGAUGAUCUACUUAUUUCCAUGGAAACUCUCACUUACGAUACGCCUGAUGGAAUAAAACAAUGGGGGCAAGUGUCAACCAAGAAGAAAAAAAACUGGAAGAAGGAAUUAUUUCAGUCAGAAAGGAGUCUUGAUAAAACUUCUGGUGAAGAAAGUGAUUCUGAUAUAGUUUCAGUAAGAAGAAAAUUUGAAGACAUUCACGUCCAGAAUCUGAAUGUAGAUGAUGGGAAAAAUCAAGAGAAAGUAAAAGUUCAAGUGGAUGUGAUAGUACAAGAGAAUGCUAGAAAUAUUCCCAAAUGGAUUACGGUAGCACCUCAACACUCAUUGAAAAGUCUUCAUUUAGCUUCACCAGUGCAAGAAUUGAUGGGCAACCAGGCUGCCAUUAACAGAAAUAAAGCAGAGUUUUCAAAUGAAUGUUCUUCCAAAUCUCUAUGGUUACAAUUUCCUAGUGUUCCCAUUUCACCAAAUACUGUAAUCAUGUCCAGGGAUCUGCCUUCUCCAGAACUGAAUAGAAGUUGCUGGGAUAGUGUCUUGGAGGAGUACCAGUCUGCAGACGAGGAAUGCUCCUGGAGCAAUGUAACUCUUGCAGACUUGUAUCCAGCGAUGGUAAAGAUACUUACAAGGCUCAUGACAAAGCAGUCUCAGAGAAAAGAGUUAAAAUAUGUGUUUGGAUGCUUAAGGCACAAAAGAUGGCAUUCUAGAAGACCAAAGCUCAAUGUCACUGUAGACAAAAUAAGAGGGUUCAGACCUUUUAAUCUGAAGCAACCACAAUCCAACAUACGUAGCAAUAGAAGUGAAGACACCCAGAAUCAAACAUUUGGAAAUGAGAACAGAGAACUCUGUGAUGACAAGUGUUCCAAUAAUAAUUUAUCAGGUCUGGUACCUUAUUCUUACAUUGAUACAAAUGAAAACAAAGCAGACUACUGUGAUUCAAGUUUAGAACACCAUUUGGUAUCUGGAAAAAGCCAGAGAGUUUCCAAACAGACCCAUUUUCCUAAUGUUAUGGCUAGAAUGGGAGAGACCUUUCUCGUUGAAGAUGAGUUACAGACUACUGUCUCGCUGAAGAAUUCAAAAUGCAAAGAAGGUGAAAAAUUAGCUUAUAAAUGUUCCUCAGAACAUUGUUUUACAACAUCUACUGCCAGCUCAGGGUCAACAGCACUUCGCCUGUUAAAAGAAAGUAAAAUUCAAAAAACUAACUUUCCUUUUGGUAGUGCCUUAAGGCUGUGUUCAUGUACUUGCAGUUCCUACGGCAACAGUAAGGCUUUUACACCAGUCACAAACUGUUGCCCUGCAAGAGCACCAAAUACUUCGCUAAUAAAUCCUGAAAACCUAACUUCUGAAAGACUAACUUCUUUCCAGCGCGAGCACUCAUUUUCCUCACUGUCUAUGGAGCAGAGUACUUCAAACGUGCCCCAGAAAUACGAAGACGCAUUUGAAAAGCUCUACUACAAACUGUGUUCCAAAGAAAUCGAAAAGCCUUUGACAUCAGGAAGACCUCUUUCAAAUUCACAAAACCUUGAAGAGAAAGGAAGAUUAGUGAAGAGUAAUUUAAGUAAUUCUGUGAGCUCUGAUACGUACUAUGAUAGAGAAUUUGACAGGAUCUAUGAGGAGUUGUGUGGAGAAGCUGUUCCAAAACUUCCUGGGUUUCAGAGAGCUUCAAAUUUAAGGAAAUAUGAAGGAAUACAGAUGUCUGAAACUGUAAAUGCUCUUGUAAACUCACCUGUUAGAACUUUAUUUGCAAUUCCCAGAGUUAAAAGACUAGGAAAUUUUCAAAAUGAUCUUCCUUGUUCACCAGUAAAGCGACUGAAAAAUAUCCCAGAACAUUAUUCUCCUUCAGCACAAUGUCAACAAGUUUCUCACAGAAAAAACGUCAAUCUUCAGACAGUUGGCAUGGAUUUUUUGAACACGUACAAUGAUAGUAGCCCCAGCUUUUUUGACAGUUGUGACUGUCAGAGUCAGGACUGUGGCUUUCAUGACUCUUCAGAUAAAAUCUCUCUUAAUAUUCCUGGAACUUCCCUGCAAGAAUCUGGGAUUGCAGAUGUCCGCGCUGGUUGGCCUGGUGCAAUGAAGAAUUGCAGCCAUCCCAGAAAUUUCUCGAAGUGCCACCAAAGGGUAUACAGAAAACUAAGCUACACUGAUGGCAAAGACCAAAAUCCUAGCAAUCCCUUGGGCGACUUCCGGGUCAAAACUCACCACGGAGCAUUCAUGGACUGCUGCAGAGGAAACACGUUAUAA